UAUCUUUCUUCCUUAAAGCUGCCCAUGUCAACCACUUAUUCCUCGUUUUCCUUCUCUGGUUUCGGUUUAGGGAUCAAAUCGAUUUCGCUCUCGUCUUUACGGGCUCCAAGAUCGGACUUCUGCUGCUGCAGGGAGGGAGAUCGGAUCGGGGGUUAAUUUGGCUGGAGAUCAAGGAUUUGUUUCUGAAUUCUGAGGGUCGUUUUAGAAGAGCUUAAGCGUCUUCCACGCGUGUCGUGGAAGUCGUACUUGUUCGAGUAUUUUGACAGUUGAGGGUUUUGGGUGAAACUUGAAGCCUGAAUCUCGGUUGAGAAUCGUGGAUUUGGUGUUGGUAGAAUUCCAGACUUGUUGAUCAAAGACGCUUCAGAUCUAUAAUAUUCAGGAGGUACUUGCACCACAAGGCGUUGCUUUUCUGGUCCAAAGCGUUCGGGAUGUACGGAAGUGGAGAAGACGCCCUUUGAAAACCGUCCGAAGGAAAAAAUAACAAAAACGGUUUCUAUUAGUUUCUCAAGGCGUAAGAGGGAAGCCGAUUCACAAAGGAACGUUUUACCGUUCCCUUUACUGGAGUAAAUGAUUCAAAGCCAGUGCCCGAGAUAGGCUUCAAAUCUCGAAGUAGGUGUUGCACCUCCCCCGAAGUGAUCCUGGUUGAGGCUGCUUUUCUUGGGAUUUUUAGGUAGGCUAUACCCCGAGCUGGAAUUAAUAUUCUGAUGAAUGAGCUGUUAUGGGUAUUUAUGCGGUUUUGAAGGGUGAAGCCUUGACAGAAAAAUAGAUCCUGGUUUCCUUGGUUUCUCUUCGAUUAAAAUCCUUUACUUGAUGGGGAAAGCUGAUGGGGCAGUAAAACCGGGAACAGUCGUUUUUUGAGCAUUUAUUUAAAGUUCAACUCUUUUUCUGGUAGUGCUGUUGGGGAGAGGGUUCGGCGUAUUCUCAUGGCAGUGGUGGAUGCAAAUAGAUCAUCAGGCUUCGGGAUUUCUGGUGAUAUGUUAUACAAGGAAUUAUGGCAUGCAUGUGCUGGCCCCUUGGUUACCUUACCUCGUCAAGGGGAGCGUGUUUAUUACUUUCCUCAAGGUCAUAUGGAACAGCUGGAGGCAUCAACAAACCAAGGGCUAGAGCAGCAUGUGCCUGUGUUCAAUCUACCCUCAAAGAUCCUGUGUAAGGUGGUCAAUGUUGUUCUUCAAGCUGAAAAAGAUACAGAUGAAGUCUUUGCACAGAUUACCCUGUUGCCUGAGUCAAAUGCUGGUGAGGUCACUUCCCCAGAUCCUCCUCUACCUGAGCCUGAAAGCUGCAAAGUUCACUCCUUCUGUAAGACAUUAACUGCCUCUGACACAAGCACCCAUGGAGGUUUCUCAGUUCUUAGAAAGCAUGCAGAUGAAUGCCUUCCUCCACUGGAUAUGUCUCUGGAACCACCUUGGCAAGAGCUAGUUGCCAAAGAUCUUCAUGGAAAUGAGUGGCGAUUUCGUCACAUCUUUCGAGGUCAGCCUAGACGGCACUUGCUUACAACAGGUUGGAGUGUAUUUGUCAGCUCAAAGCGUUUGGUAGCUGGUGAUGCUUUUAUAUUUUUAAGAGGGGAAAAUAAGGAACUGUGUGUAGGUGUCAGAAGGCUCAUGCGACAUCUAAACAACAUGCCAUCAUCUGUCAUUUCCAGUCAUAGCAUGCAUCUUGGAGUUCUUGCUACUGCAUCCCAUGCUAUUACUACUGGAACUCUUUUUUCUGUAUUUUACAAGCCAAGAGCAAGCCGUUCUGAAUUUAUUAUAAGCCUGAACAAGUAUCUUGAGGCUAAGAAUCACAAGUUGACUGUUGGGAUGAGAUUCAAGAUGAGAUUUGAAGGUGAUGAGGCUCCAGAAAGAAGAGUUAGUGGAACUAUUGUUGGUGUAACUGAGAAAGCAUCUUCUCAAUGGGAAGAUUCAGAAUGGAGAUCAUUAAAGGUCCAAUGGGAUGAACCUUCAUCUGCUAUACUUCCAGAUAAAGUUUCUCCUUGGGAAUUGGAGCCACUUGUAGUGCCUACUCCCCCAACAUCCCAACCAAUCCAAAGAAUAAAGCGAGCACGACCACCAUCUUCACCUGUUAUCUCCCCUGACCUUUCUUCAGUGUCUGGUGCUUGGCAAUCCCCAUCUAAAAUGUUCUCUUUCUCUGCAUCGCAAAGGGUUCCUGAGCUCUAUACACCAUCUAAACCACUUUCUGUGCUCUCAUCAGCAUCCAAUGCUUGUUCUAUUGGAUUUGCAACAAAAUAUUCUCCUUUGCCUGUUGCUGACAGCCAAAUGGGCUGGCCAACCACUCCAGAAACCCCAAAAGAAGCCUUAUCAGCAAGCGUCAACAAAGAAUCAUGCGAUAAAAAACAUGAAACAAGCAAAGGCUGCAGGUUAUUUGGUAUUCAGCUAAUUGAAGGUUGUCGUGGAAUAGAGGAAACACCAUCCAUUCCUACGAUUAGAGGAAUUGAGGUGGACCAACCAGUGAAAUCUUUGGAAGUGGAUUCAGAGUCACAAUCACAGCCAUCAAAUGUCAACAGAUCAGAUACUGCCGGUGAGGCAGAAAAAUCCAGUUUGAGGUCAUCUUGGGAGACACAAAACCAGCAACUGAGGAGCUGCACCAAGGUUCACAUGCACGGAAAGGCAGUUGGGAGGGCAGUGGACUUGACCAGAUUAUGUGGGUACGAUGAGCUUCUGCAGAAGCUGGAAGAUUUGUUUAAUAUCAAAGGAGAGCUUACUAAUGUACCCAAAAAGUGGGUGGUCUUCUACACAGAUGAUGAGGAUGACAUGAUGAUGGUCGGCGAUGACCCUUGGCUUGAGUUCCGCAGGAUGGUGAAGAAGAUAUACAUCUACACGAAUGAAGAGGCCAAGCGACUCUCUCCUAAGAGGAAACUCCCAGUGCUUGUAGCUGCAAAGCCUGGUUCCUUGCGUGACAUUGACAUGGAUGCCAAUGGUAACAACCUUGAAGGUGAUGACAAUGGCGACGUUGCUUAGGAUCUUUGACUUCUACUCACCAAGUAGUGAUAUAGUAUUCUCUCAAGCAGUUUAUUUUUUGUUUUGUUUUGGGUUGAAGUCUGGCCUAGUUGGGUGCUAUGAGUAUGGUCUGUUCUCUUGCAUUGUUGAGCUGAUUCGGCAAUGGCUUCUAUUUUGUGGCUUUCUUCUUUCUGUUAGGAGACGUAAUGUGAAGUAGGUCAAAUGCCUGAGCCAUACUUUGUAUGAGCUAGAAUAGAGGGUGAAAAGCACGUCACUUUUGUGUCUUCUCAACUUGAUAAAUGAAUGCCUGUCUUGACCUCGAA